AUGUUUCCGAAAGAAGAAAAAGUUGAUGGGAUGGAAGUUUAUGACAUGAGUGAGCAAGAAAACCGUAAGAGUACUGGUUUUGAUGCAUUGGGUACAAGUAUGAUGACAAGCACCGAUGAUCAAAGAGGGAUCUGGGAUAUCGAUGUUAAAGCACCACAACAAAACCUUCUUAAUGAAAUGAAUGAUGGAUCCAUGUUUUAUAAUGAUCAUCAGUUUCCUCAUAUUCCUGAUUUUCCAUGCAUGUCCUCUUCGUCGUCUUCUUCGUCGAACCCUGCACCCGCGAAGCCGAUUUCGUCAGCGACUACUAGGUCGUCUGCGUCUUCGGCUUCGUCUUCGACUUCAUCCGCCCAGUCGUCCUGGGCGGUUCUGAAGUCGGAGUAUACGACGGAAGAGGAAGGUGGUGGGGACCGAAAAGAUCGGUUGGGUGAGUUGAGGGUUAAUAGGAAAAAGCGAAGUUUUAUGGGGGAGGAAAGUGAAAAAGCUGCUCUGAUGUCUACGACAACGGCGACGGCGCCGUUGGAGACAACAGAUGGGAGUGGGACGGCUGACUGCAUGGAUGUGAUGGAGAAUUUUGGGUACAUGGAUUUGAUAGAUGGAAAUGAUGUGUGGGAUCCUAGUUCGAUUUUCGAACAAGAUCCCGUGGAUAUGCAACAAGAUCAAGAACAAGGUUGUUUUACUAAUGGAACUAGUAACCGUAGUGAGGUGGUGCAAGAGAGUGAUCAAGAGGAAGGAAAGUUGGAUGAACUCGGCACGAUGUUUUUCGAUUGGUUGAAGUCGAACAAGGAAUUUAUAUCCGCCGAAGAUAUGAAAAACAUUAAACUCAAGAAAUCUACUGUUGAAUGUGCUUCGAAAAGAUUGGGAUCCUCAAAAGAAGGUAAAAAGCAACUACUCAAGUUGAUUCUCGAGUGGGUGCAGCAGCACCAGCUUCAAAGAAAAAAUAGCGGAUGCGGUGAAUUACUCACCGCAGCCGCGACCACCCCCCAAUACCCUUUAUCGCAAUUCCCGAGUUUACCAACCCCACCACCACAAACACAAGUUCCGCCUUUUAGCCGUAGCUCUUGGGUUGCAUCAAGUGAUCACAUAAACCAAGGAUUCUCGCAGUCAACUUUUAUCCCGCCUGUUGGGCCGUAUUCCCAGUACUUGUGCAAUGGAGAUAUCCCAAGUAAUGGGAUGGCGAUGGUGGCGCCACCUUCGUUUUCUUUUAUGGGUGGUGACUAUAGUUCUUGUUUGAAUGGUAAUAUGAGCCCUUAUGGUAAUAAUCCGGGUUCCCGUGAAUACCAAGUUCUUGAAUCAGCGCCUUCUUGGAAUCCUUCACAGCUUACCAUGGCGUCGUCUCCGUAUAAUAACAACAGUAAUAAUCAGUAUCCUGAUGUGGCCAACAACAAUUUCUCUCCACAAAUGAUUAUGCCUCUAGUUUCAGUUUAUCCGGAUCAGGCUCCAUACAAUCCAACUACUGUUUACGCUGGGGACGAGCAGAAUCCGAUGAGGUUGGGUUCUUCCGCGACCAAAGAGGCGCGGAAGAAAAGAAUGGCGAGACAACGGAGGACUUACUUCCAACAUCACCACCACUCGAGACAAAAUCACCACAACCAUCAUAACCACGUGACAAACUCGGAUCACCCGACACAUCCAAUGCUUAUAGAUAAUGAUGGUAAAUCACAUGGAGGAAACUGGAUGUACUGGCCAUCACCACAUUCUACGUCCACCGUCGUCCCACCACCACCAAUGGAUACGCCUCAACUGCAAUCGUCCAGACCGCCUCAGCCUGCUGAUCAGCGCCAGUUUAAACCGUCUUCAUCCGACAAACAACAGGGACUGAAAACUGAAAAGAACUUGAAGUUUCUACUUCAGAAGGUGUUGAAGCAAAGUGACGUUGGAAGUCUUGGCAGGAUUGUGCUGCCAAAGAAAGAAGCCGAGUCUCACCUCCCGGAUCUUGACUCAAGAGACGGAAUUUCUAUUGCUAUGGAGGACAUUGGGACAUCUCAAGUUUGGAACAUGCGUUAUAGCCUCAGGUUUUGGCCAAACAACAAAAGCCGGAUGUACCUUCUCGAGAACACAGGAGAUUUCGUUAAAGCAAACGGGCUGCAAGAGGGUGAUUUCAUUGUGCUGUACUCCGAUGUCAAGUGUGGAAAAUUUUUAAUUAGGGGAGUAAAGGUACGCCAACCAGCUGCUGGGAAAGCUGAGAUCAAGAAACCUGUUAAACGAAGCUAUCGUGGUACUUCCCAAUCCGUCAGAAGCUCUCCCUCAUCACCUGCUAAAAUACCCGGGUAUUAA